ACUGGAUAUGUGAAGCAGUGUGGCGCAAACUAGAUAGAGCUAUUGCUUACACCUUAACAGUUGUCACAGAUCGGUGAAGCGGAGUGAACGAAGGCAGAGAAACAUCUUCCUGGAAAGACAUAACACAUGCAGGUUUCAACACUCCAUUCCUUCCUCAUAGCAGACAACCUUUAGACACAGCUAAAUAGACUGUUUUAAGUUCACAUUCUGUCAUAUGAGAAGAGGAUAUUUGUCUUUAUGAGAAGAUGUCUUCAUUGUCUGAGUCAAACCCAAUGAGGAUUGUGCUGCUGGGGAAAACAGGAAGUGGCAAAAGCAGUGCAGGAAACACCAUCUUUGGAGGAGAUGAAGAGUUCAAGAUAGACAGUUCAGCCAAGUCCGGAACGCAAAAGUGUGAAGCAAAGACCAAGGACAUCAAUGGAAGAAAGGUCACUGUAGUAGACACACCUGGACUCUUUGACACAGACAUCCCUGAAGAGGAGCUGAAACCUGAACUAGUGAAAUGUAUUGUAGAGUGUGCUCCGGGUCCACAUGCCUUUCUCAUUGUGCUUAAAGUGGAAAAGUACACAGUCCUCGAGGAAAGAGUCAUCACACAAAUCGAGAACCUUUUUUCACGAAAGAUCUUUAAUUAUGCCACAGUUCUCUUCAUUUACGGUGACCAGCUUCAUGAAGGAAAAACUAUUCAGGAUUUUGUGAAAACAAAUAAGAAACUGAGUGAGCUUGUGGAGAAAUGUGGUGGCCGCUGUCACGUCAUUGACAACAAACACUGGAAUACCAGUCAGCAGGGUCAGUACAGGAACAACCAGUACCAAGUAGCAGAGUUACUCAACACCAUAGAGAGAGAGGGCGGAGGAAGAUGCUACACCAAUGAGAUGCAUCAAGCAGUGCAUGGAGUCAUACAAGCAGAGAAAGAGAGUCUUAGAGAGUCAAACAGCCAGAUGUCAGAGGAAGAGAACGAAAAACUAGCCAAGGAAAGAGCGAGAAAGAAACUCUUGAUCAAGUUGUCAGGGGUAGCAACAGGUGUAGUAGUAGGAGCGUUCCUUGGGGUUGUAGGGUCAUUAGCAGUAGUACUUUCUCUCUUAAGUAGUAUAGGAGCAGCAGCAAAAGCAGCAGCGGCAAAAGCAGCAGCGGGAGCAGCAGGAGGAGUAGCAGGAGGAGUAGCAGGAGGAGGAGUAACGGCAGCAGCAGGAGGAGGAGCGGGAGGAGGAGUAACGGCAGCAGCAGGAGGAGUAGCGGGAGGAGGAGUAACGGCAGCAGCAGGAGGAGUAGCAACAGCAGCAGGAGUAGCAGGAGGAGGAGUAACGGCAGCAGCAGGAGGAGUAGCGGGAGCAGCAGGAGGACUAGCAACAGCAGCAGGAGUAGCAGAAGGAGUAGCAGCAGCAGGAGGAGUAGCAGCAGCAGCAGGAGGAGUAGCGGCAGCAGCAGGAGGAGUAGCGGGAGGAGUAGCAGCAGGAGGAUUAGCAGCAGCAGGAGGAGAAGCAGCAGCAGCAGGAGUAGCAGGAGCAGUAGCUGGAGGAGUAUCUGGAGGAGGAGCAGCAGCAGGAGCAGCAGUAGGAGGAGCUGGGGCAAACAUUGGAGUGGGUACAGGGUUAGGCAUAGCUGUUGGUGUGAUAGCAUUAUUAGCAGGAGGAAUAGGAGGGGGCAUAGUUGGAGCUGGUGCAGCAGAGGAUGCACAGACACCAGGAGAGGCAGUAAAGAAAGCAGCUGAGGCAGUCUGUGAGGUGGGUAAGUAUAUCUUGGAGGGGGGAAAAUGUAUUUUGGACAGUGUAAGAAGUGUGUCAGAGGGGUACAGCAAACUGAGUUUGAGUGAAGAAAAGAAGUAGCAGGAGCACUCUAGGUAUUCAGAAAACACAGGUGAAAUGAGUGAAUGAGUGUUAACAACCUCUGUUUCAAUAGUUUACUAAACACAACAGUCAGUACCAUACCACAGAAGAAGAAAAACUGUUCAAACAAAUAAUAAACAUUUCGGACAAAUCAAACCUUAUAACAUGUCAUUGUUUUAACAUAAUUAUAAUAGCACAUUUUUUAUUUCAGUGUUUUAACAGAAUUACAGUAGCAAAUGUUUGAUUCCAAUGUUAUACAGAAUUACAGUAGCAAAUGUUUGAUUGCUAUUUUCAAAUGAUUAAAUGAAAAAUGAAAAUGUCCUUUCAAUGUAAAUGAUGUAAACACAUUAUACUGUAUAUGUAACUGAUGUGAAAUGGCUAGCUAGUUAGUGGUGGUCUGCACUAAUAGUGUUUCAAUCGGUGACGUCACUUGCUCUGAGACCUUGAAGUAGUAGUUCCCCUUGCUCUGCAAGGGCCGUGGCUUUUGUGGAGCGAUGGGUAACGAUGCUUCGUGGGUGACUGUUGUCGAUGUGUGCAGAGGGUCCCUGGUCCGAGCGAGGGAACGGACUAAAAUUAUACUGUUCCAUUUUUAACAUGCAUGACUACAUCUCUGUUGUUAUAAUGUUGUAUGAGUUGAAUAAACUGGAGACAGAGAAGCUGCUCAUAAAAUCAUAUUUACCACAAUGUUGAUUUUAUAUCAGGGUUUCCCUUUUCACAGCUUUGCAUUGUGGAAAUGUUAAGUUUCUUCACUCAAAAAUCUUCCUAUUUUUUAUGAUCACUAUUGUAUUGUCUGUAUUUACUAUUUUUAAUGAUUGAGACUUUAGGAAUGUGGACUGGCAUGUAUUCUACACUGAUUUAAUUACUUGCGAAAAUAAAAUGGUUAAUUGUUCACAA